UUCGUGGCGUAGCUUGUUCAGCUGCUCGUCGAAGCGGCUGUCGGACGGUCGCCUCUUCGCGAUUCUGCGUACAAUGUAGCAGCCAUUUUUGUUCUUAGUUCAUAAUAGCGUGCGCAUAUUUAAUGUAUUUAGGAGAAUAUCUAGAAAAUUUUUCACGAUGACUAUAAUAGUCUUUUUAAUAGAUACAUCUGCAUCUAUGAAUCAAAGAGCUUAUUUGGGCGGACGCCCAACGUUGCUCGAUGUAGCCAAGGGCGCUGUGGAAACAUUCGUAAAGGUACGUCAGCGAUCUCCUGAAAGCAGAGGCGAUAGGUAUAUGCUUCUAACUUUCGAAGAGCCACCCGCGAACAUCAAGGCCGGUUGGAAAGAAAAUUUAGCAACAUUCAUUAAUGAACUGAAGAAUUUGCAAUGCCUGGGACUUACUACAAUGGGUGCUGCAUUAAAGCAUGCAUUCGAUGUUUUAAAUAUAAAUCGUAUGCAAACAGGAAUAGACACUUAUGGACAGGGAAGAUGCCCAUUCUACUUGGAACCAUCUGUGAUUGUUGUUAUAACUGAUGGAGGAAAACUAUCCAGCAAUGCAGGCAUUCAAGAGGAAUUUAACCUGCCAAUGAACUGCCCUAUACCUGGUUCGGAGCUUACCCGAGAACCAUUCAGAUGGGACCAAAGACUGUUUUCAUUGGUUCUAAGGCUAGCUGGUACUCCUGCUGUGGAGAGAGAUUCCGGACUUGUACCAUCUGACUCCUCGCCCAUAGAUGCUAUGUGUGAAGUUACUGGCGGACGUUCGUACUGCAUCACGUCGCAUCGUAUGUUGAUGCAAUGUAUCGACAGUCUGGUGCAAAAGGUGCAGAGCGGCGUGGUGAUUAACUUUGAGAAGAUCGGUCCGGAUCCGCCACCCAUAGACGGAGGCACGAACAGGGACGGUGAGACUGACGAGCCGCAUCCGGAUGAUAAGGAAAUGGAAACUGAUAGCGAAAGAAAUGGGAGAUGGAAUGGCGGUCCAUAUCAAACGAAUAUGGGUAUGAACCAAGCUGCCCCGCAAGCUUGGCAUUCUUGUAGACGCCUCAUAUAUGUACCAAGAACAGUCUCUCAGAAAGGUUUUGCUGUUGGUUUUUGGCCGAUUCCUGAAUCAUUCCGACCAGAUCCUAAUGCGCCUACACUGCCUCCUCGCUCGGCGCAUCCGGUAGUUAAGUUUACAUGUUCCAGCCAAGAACCAAUGGUGAUAGAUAACUUACCGUUUGAUAAAUAUGAACUGGAACCAAGUCCACUGACGCAGUUCAUUUUGGCUAGAAAACAACCCACUAUAUGCUGGCAGGUGUUCGUAGGUAACAGUGGUUGUAAGAACGCUGAAGUGAGCCAUCCGUUUGGAUACCUAAAGGCCUCAACGAAUCUAACUUGUGUCAAUUUGUUUGUCCUGCCGUACAACUAUCCUGUACUUCUACCACUUCUGGAUGAUCUCUUCAAAGUGCACAGGUGCAAACCAACGCCUGAAUGGAAAAUGGCCUUCCAGCAGUAUUUGGAUAGAAUGCCUUCUUAUUAUGUUACGCCACUCCGUCGAGCUUUAACAAAAAUGGGUGCCUCCGCGCCUCUAGUUCAGAGCUUAAUCCCUGAAACUCAAGAUAACUGUUUUAGUUUUUCUGUACUGAAUUAUUUAAAAAGACUGAAGAAUCAAGCUAAGAUAGAAUUUGAGAAAUUGUGCGCCGAUGUAAUUAAUAAGGCUUCGACUAAUAAUAAUCAAAAGAUAGCAGAAAGUGUUCGUGUUAUGCCUCGUUCGCCACUCAAGAAAGAUCUAACAACCCAUCCGUGUCUACAAGAUAAAUUUACUGCGUUGCGUGAUCAGCUCAAUGAGUUUGGCGGCUUCGUAGUGGGUUUAUCUCGUGGGCGCCAUAAGGCUCAAGCACACACUUAUAGGAAUCCAUUUGAUAUACAACGGAGAGAUCUGCUGGACCAGGUGGUGCGAAUGCGUGCAAACUUCCUCCAACCAUCGCUGGCUCAUACACGCCUCGUAGACGAGGACAGUGUGCACUCAAUGCCGGUGGCUCAGAUGGGCAACUACCAGGAGUAUCUCAAACGAAUGACGCCGCAGUUGAGGGAGAUCGAAUCGCAGCCCGUGCGGCAGCAUAUGUUUGGCAAUCCUUUCAAAAUAGAUAAGCGGAUGAUGGUAGACGAAGCGGACAUUGAUCCAAUGGGGACAGUGCGGAGCAGCGGCGGGAGCGGAGUGGGCGGUAAACGCGGCGCCGAGAGCCCGCGCGCCGCUCCACCCAAACGCAAAGCCGGGCCACUACCACCGCACAUUGUAGCGCGUCGCCCAUCGUCACCGUCCCCAGCUGUUAUCUCCCCGCCGAUGUCGCCGGCCCUGCCCCCCGCGCCGAUGUCGCCGGUGUCGCCGGUGCACAGCACGCCGCCCGCGUCGCCCGCUGCGGCGCCGCUGUCGCCCGUGUCGAGGCGGCCAGCUUCGCCCCUCGCGCCCGUGCCCUCGGACUUACCGUCUGGGAGACCGCCUGAGGAGCCACCUAACGUGGAGUCUGGUGGGACACCACAGCCAGCCGGGCCAGCCGCACCAGCCAAUCUGCCGCCUGUCAUCAAACCUUUCCUCAAUGGAGACGCGUACACAACAAUGGGCAGCAAGAUGGCGCGGUCGCCGUCCCCACCGGUACCGGUGCCGGUGCACGAGCCGAUACCGGUGCCGGUGUCGUUGCCACCGCCCCCGGACACGCAGGAGCUACAGAUCAAUGCUAUCCUGCAGGGCGUCGCCGCGGAGAAUAGCAACAACUCACGGAAGAAGAAACGGCGGAAGGAAGAAAACGCGUUGCUAACGUCCGUCCUGCUCCCGCCGCAGCCGUCGCGCAAGGAGCUCGCCGACAUCAAGAAACACAACCUCUCUGUUCGCUCGGAAGUGUAUCGCGCUGUGCGUCGACCGGGCAGAGAUUUUACGAAGUUAUUCGAGUAUUUAAAACAAUUGAAAGGCAGUGUGGAAAUUAAAAAGGAAGUGAUACGAGACGUUAUAAGUGAAUCGCUAAGAUUUAAAAGGAAAGCGCUCGCGAAAUUAUUAGAAGACUUUCUGGUUGGUCUCGAGAAGAAUGGAAGUAGUGCCUCAGUGAAUAUGAAGAGAUUAACUAAUAAUUCUGUGUAUAGUACGAAUAAUCAUAGCUAGUGAUGAAGUUCCAAUGAUUUCACCAAAUUGAACAGUUUGUGCUCAAAUAUGUAUGAAAUAUCAAUGAAUGUGGUAUUUUGUGUAUUUUGCGAAACCGUAUGUUUUACUUAAUAACAUGAAUAAAAUGUUUGAAUUUGCAUGUUUUGUCGUCAUUUGACGGAUUGACUCGCCUCUUUAGGGCUGUGAUGUCUACGGUAUGUUCACGGUGUUUGUUGUCUAUGUUAAGGGAAUCGUUGCGUAUUUACGAAUAUUGUGAUCGAAUGCUCCGCCUGCCUGAUCUCGCCCUACAUGUCGUCAGAAUCAGUUAUUUUACACAAAUACAGACUAAAUAGGUCAUUAGAAAUCGCAUUUAUGGAAGUAUUUAAGAAUUGUGUCUUGCGGUACAUUUUAAUAAAUGAAUGGGCAUUGGAGUCGAAUCUAACGGUAUUGGAGCUAGCGUCAAUCUUUGGUAUAAUAGUUGUUGAAUAUUGCAUAAAACUUUGAAAUGUUCAUUGUUGCUAGUUUAAAAUUUAUAAAAGUUACCAAAUGAUCGCCGAGUGUGACUCGGCGUCGGUGUUAAAGUAGAUGAAUUUCGUUUUAGUCAACCGUGUUAGGAAAGAAAGGUCGAGUCUAAUCCUUUUUAAUCACACUGUACUGUUUUCCUGUGGCAUUUAAUUUAUGACGUACCAUUUCAAAGGUUCAGUGUUCUUAGCUUAUCCUCGAUUUCAAUGAAAGGAACUGUUCGAAAUUAAAACCCAAGUAUUUUUGGAUGAUAUGAAUUCAAUGGAAGAUUGUAAAUAUACUGUACAUAUUAGUUUGUAACAAUAUUACCAAUGAAGAGUAGGAUGCUGUUGUGCAUCAGUAAAUGCGGCCUUUAGUAGGACAAGACCUUUGCGAAUCUGACUUUUGGUUAAUUAGGUAUUAAUGAAAUAUUUUACACGCUUAAAGUAUUGAAAUAAAGUAUCAUUCCCAGUAUUUGUUGAAUGAUCAGAUUCGAGGACGGUCCUGUUACGCUAGCGGUCGUCUUGUCAAUUGUAAAGUGUAUAUAUCAUUUUAUAAAAUAAAUUAUGAUCCUUAUUGGAUUUUUUAA